CAUUGCAGAUAGGUUCGCGAUCUGGUAUUGUGAAUCAACAUAUUUUUGUUAUUAUAUUUAAAAGAAAAGAUUCUAUUUUUGUUAACAGGUGAAAUUGAAAUAAAUUUUAUAAAACACAAUGUAAAGUAAAUUAUAUUCUAAAUUUCCAUUUAUAAAUGUAUCUCAUUAAAAUUAAUUACAUAAAUAUAUUAAUUAAAACUCAUGUGUAGUAUUAAUUAUUGUAUCGUAUUGUUAUUAUGUCGUUAAAGAAAGAGUCGCGUUCAGAUGCACAUUUACAUCAAGCGGCUAUGAAUGGUGAUGUUCGGAAACUUCGACGUAUACUCGAUAGUGGUAAAGUUCAUGUUGAUUGUCGUGAUAAGGAUGGAACAACACCAUUAAUUCUUGCAGCCGCAAAUGGUCAACUGGAAUGUGUUAAAGAAUUAUUAGAACAAGGUGCUGACCCGGCUGCUAAACGUACGACAGGUACCACUGCACUAUUUUUUGCCUCACAAUGUGGUUAUUUGGACAUCGCACAAGUACUUUUGGAUAAUGGUGCUCCAUUAGAUUCCACAAGCGUGGAUGGUGGUAGCCCAUUAUUUGUAGCAUGUCAAUGCGGUCAUAUGGAUGUAGUCAAAGAAUUAGUGGCAAGAGGAGCAAAUAUUAACACUCACAUGAAGGAUAAAGCAACACCUGUGUUCAUAGCUGCACAAAAUGGGCAUUUUAAAAUAAUGUUAUUUCUACUUGCACAUGGUGCAAAUCCAGAUUCUCGUCGCAAUGAUGGUGCAUCACCAUUGUGGAUUGCAUCACAAAUGGGACAUGAUACAAUUGUUAGGCAAUUAUUAAAAGCUGGUGCCAAAGUGGAUGUUGUUCGACGGGAUGGGGCUACACCAUUAUUUAAAGCUGCACAUAAAGGUUAUACUCAUGUUGUUGCGGAAUUAUUAAAGUAUAAGCCAUCGUUAGGACUUUUGCCAAAUGGUGAGACGGCGUUACAUGCGGCAGCGCUAUUUGGACAAUUAAGUGUAUGUAAACAAUUAGUAGCAGCUGGUGCCGAUUUAAAUUUACGAAAUCAGGAAGGACAAACAGCUUUACAAGUAGCUAGUGAUAAUAAACAGUUUCCAGUACGAGAUUAUUUACGAAAUGUUGCAGCAAUGAAAACAAAUGGAUAUAUUAAUAAUAAAAUGUUAUAGUUUUCUUUAUUU